AACCCUGGAAAAACAGUUGACGAUCCACGUCAUCUUGUGCCGUCAGUUCUUAGGGUCUUGAAUCCUCCCUGAAAAGUUGUGGUAAAAGGGGUCCGAUAAAGUCUAUAGGAGCCUUUAAUCUGCGCAAUAAUGGUUCUCAUUGCAGCUGCUGUUUGCACCAAGGGUGGAAAAGCCUUGGUGUCAAGACAGUUUGUGGAGAUGACCAAAUCCAGAAUAGAAGGUCUCUUAGCUGCCUUUCCUAAACUAAUGUCUUCAGGAAAAGCUGCUCAACAACAACACACUUUUGUUGAAACAGAAUCGGUUAGAUAUGUUUAUCAACCUUUAGACAAAGUGUAUGUAUUACUUAUCACAACGAGGGCAUCCAAUAUCUUGGAGGAUUUAGAAACUUUACGUCUUUUCGCUCGUGUGGUACCUGAAUAUUGCCGCACUUUUGAAGAAUCCGAAAUCCGGGAAAAUGCCUUCAAUUUGAUAUUUGCCUUUGACGAAAUCGUUGCUCUUGGCUAUCGCGAAAACGUUAAUUUGGCUCAAAUUCGAACAUUUGUCGAAAUGGAUUCACACGAAGAGAAAGUCUACCAGGCUGUUAGACAGACACAAGAACGAGAUGCCAAGAUGAAAAUGCGAGAGAAAGCCAAAGAAUUGCAGAGACAGCGAGUUGAAUCUAAUAAAAGGGGUAUUAAGUCUCCCAUUUCAUCUUCUGGAGGUUACGGGCCAUCUCCCAUGGCUGCUUCGAUUCCGACUGAGCCUCCUAAGCCAACCUAUCAACCUGCUGUUGUAAAACCUAAUGGCCCGAGCAAAGCCCUCAAGCUUGGGGGCCGUCUGAAGGACGCCGAAAUAUUUGUUGACCAACUAAAAUCAGAAGGCGAGAAUGUAAACUCGUUCCAGUCCCCCGCUUCCGUAGUCCAAGGUGGUUCUGUGAGCUCAAACAAACUGCCGCCAUCAACCAUCGCUACCGAACCAGUCCAACUUCGAAUAGAAGAAAAGCUUAGCCUCAGUUGUGGACGUGACGGUGGAUUACACAACAUGGAAAUUCAUGGCUUACUAACACUUUUUAUUACUGAUGAGACUUACGGUCGAGUCCGCGUACAGGUGGAGAACAGAGAUAGUCGCGGAAUUCAAAUUCAAACUCAUCCUAACGUGGACAAGGAACUAUUUCGCACUAAGCAGCACAUCGCAUUGAAGAAUGCCACAAAACCGUUCCCAUUGAAUACGGAUGUUGGUGUACUUAAGUGGCGUUUCCAAACACAAGAUGAAAAUAUGAUUCCACUGAACAUUAAUUGCUGGCCAGCUGAAAACGGACGUGGAGGCUGUGACGUUAAUAUUGAAUUCGAACUUCAAGAUGAUCGAUUAGAGCUGAACGACGUUGUCAUUGUCAUUCCAUUGCCUCAUGGUUGCGGAGCACCGAAUGUUUCCGAGUGUGAAGGAGAGUAUCAGUAUGAACCAAGGAAAAAUCAGCUUUCGUGGCAACUCCCCGUUGUGGACUCUUCCAAUAAAAGUGGAGCUAUGGAGUUUUCAUGUCAGGGCCAUGCGAAUGACUUUUUCCCAAUCAAUGUCAACUUCUAUUCGAAGCGCUCCUAUGCUGAAAUAUCGGUAAAUGAUGUCGUACUAGUAGAUGACGGCACAUCGGUGAAGUAUGCGGCCGAUUCCAAUUUUUUUACGGAGAAGUACGAAAUCCUUUGAAUGUUUUGCUUCUGAAAUCCGUGGAAGUAGCAAAGUGUUCGUGAUUUUGCCAGUUGCCCCUCCCCCCUGUCGUUAGCGUCAACACAAACAAACUGAUGAACUCCUUGACUGUCAACUGGAGGAGAGGGGUGAGGAAUGAGAAAGACUUUAGGUUACCAUCUGUGGUUAAUAUUUAAUGCCAACGUGCAGUUCGUUUUUCCCGUCUCUGAAUCGAUUCAACCUCCUCAAAUUCACCCUUUUUUCUCCCACCUUUCAUAACAAAGCAAUUUAAAGCGCUGAAGUUUGUUGAGCCGCCCAGUAAAUAUGAUAUAUUGAAAUCUAAAAGUUUUUUCUUCCUUUUUUUCUACGUGCAUAUAUCUUUGAAUCAGCAGCGGCACUCAUGUUUGGGCGUGUUUUCUUUUCUCUUUUCUUUCAUCUCUUUUUCUUUCUCCGUUUGUUUAUGUUUUCGAUCAGUUAAGAGUUCAGAAAACUCUUAUCAUGUGUUGUCGUUGGAACAGUGUACACUGCUGGGGUUGCAUGGCAUACAGUAUAUCAAUUAAAAGCUGUAUUAUUUCCAAG